AUGAAGCUUUCUACUUCGGCUCUCCUCUUCUUUGUCCCUGCAGUCUUCGGCUACUGGAACUGCGAACUUCCAAAAGGCAGCGGCGACCUGGGCAGAUGCGUGCCCAGUGGCGCAGACGCGGGACAGAUGUUCAACCCCUGCGGAGAGGGGCAUCCUUGCGUAACAGCUGGCAACGGAUGUACUCCUGUCGGAGGGGGCGUUGCCAAGUGCUCAUAA